GAAACUGCAGCAAACAUCCAAUACUUCGGCUUCUUUUUGAACAUCAUUUGGUUUCAUGGCCAGUGAAGUAGCAAAGUUGACGGCUGAGGCUUUGCGAAGUCCCGACUGUGCAUUCUCAGCAACGAAGGCGACAAAGGCCGCAUGGGACGCAGCAUCUGUGGCAUCGACUGCAGCAUCGGCUGGAGCAACGCUUGCAGCCCUGGCAAUGCAAGCUACGGAAUUGACAGUCCAGAGCUUUACUACUGCAGGCCAAGCCUUGACUGCUGUUCAAUCACAAGCCAUGAAAACAGUGGGGCAGGCUAGUGGAAGCGGUGGCGCUGCUGAGCUGAAGGUUAUGGGUGGGGUUGUCAUUAUUUGUGCCGGACUAUGGGAUGUUGUGUGGGGUAUCGAGGGCCUUGUGGCUGGGCACGGCCACCAGAACAUGAUGACCAAGAUCAAGGAGGGCUGUGAUAAACUCCUAGCUGUGCUCAAGAAGGGUUGUGAUGACCAAAGAAUGUCUGGCGAGGCAAAAGCGAUUCAAGCAGAGGUUGAAAGCAUCCGCAGCUGGAUCAGGGUUCACAAUGGCUCCCAGGGCGGUGCCAGGAUUACAGGCGGAGUUGCUGGCAUCACAUCAGGGAUUCUUCUGCUGUUAGCACCCGUAACUUGGGGAGCAACCCUGAUCCCUGCCGCUGUGACAGGCGGCAUUGCCGCCACAACCACCACAACCAGUGCGGUGGCGAAGGGCUUCGUGGAUGCUGACCAUGCCAAGCAGUUGGAAGAACGACUUGCAGCUUUGCAAAAGUCUUUGGACAGCAUCUUCCGCAAGGAAGCCGCUGGAAAUCCGAGCCUCGCGCAAGAAUGUCCCAACAUCUGCAAGAUUAAAGCCAACCGGAUGACGCUGGCCUACACCAUGACCAAGGGCAAAGGCAUGCCAAGGUUUGGGGAUCCACCCAGAGGGGAUACAGAUGCAAUCAAGAAGACACGCUUCCCUCGCUGGUAUCGUGCUUCCCUGAUCAUUGAUGAUUGUCACCGCUGCACAACCCCGUGGUACGACAACUACGCAGGCCUGGAGAAGGAGAUGGUGCAGCUGGAUCGAGGCCACAUUGUUCCUGCCAAGCUCGGGGGCUCCGGGAGCUUCGUCAAUCUUUUUGCUCAGAACCGGAAGCAGAACCGCGGCGCUUGGAGGAGGGAAGAGGAAAAAAUGGUCAAUCUCAUUUGCGAGGCACGCGAAGGGGCAAAGAUCGAAUGGAGCAUUGACUUGGUUAGAGGAGAAUCUCAUUACUUGGUCUGUCGAUUACUUCAAAGGCUUGUUCUGCUGAUUCUAUUAUGUGCUGGGCCGCUUCUCAGAGCCUGCUGGCCGACUUGCUUCGAGUUCUACAACCAAAGUUGUGUCAUGAUGGACUCUUGGGUGACUCUUGGGUGACCAGUAUUCAAUGAUUUCGAUGUGUAGAAGUGUAGAUAGGCACUGUUGGAUGUUUCGAGCACAGCUGAUUUUGCUUUAUUUCCCUCCGCCACGGAGAUGGGAGUUUUUUGCCAAAGAAUUCACAGAUCAGCUUGUCAGAUUUGUUUGGCGGGUUGCCUGGAUGCUUCAUAGUCAGCUGCGUGCCUGCAGUUUCUUUAUGGGUUGCCAGGGUUGCAUGAGGUCUCCCAUUCUGUGCAGGGUUCUUUCGCAUUUUUCGCCUUCCAAGAAGGUUUUUGGGUGCUUCAGUAGUAUCCGAUGCAGCUGCAGAUUAUUAUCGUAACUGCCUGCCUUGAAAAGGUGCUUAAACCCAUUGGCAGCGAGUCCAAAAUGACCAGUGGUUGCGUUUGGUUGUGACCACAGUGGCAAUUAGCAGAGCUCGCUUCGUGCAAGUGCCCAUGUUCCCGCGGCAUUGUUGCCUGCGCAGGAGCACAGCUCUGUGCAAAACGCUUUCCGGACGGUAGUUUGGAUGGUUUACAGGCUCUGCGGCAAGAGGCUCUCUACUGGAAGCCUGGAAAAAA